AAUUAGUUGCACAAUCUCCUUCAACUUUCUCUUCUUUAUUCUUAAUAGCCGUGCGAGUGUUGUAUAAAUAUGUAACAUCGUAUCUCUCUCUCAUCGCUCACUCUCAGACAGUUAAAAAAAUGUCUCUCUUCUUAACACUUCUCUACGUUUUCCUCUGCAACUCAAUUACUCUCUCAUCAUCUCUCUCUCUCCACUUCCCUCUCACAUCUCUCCGUCUCACUACAACCAGUAACUCAUCCACCUCCUCUUCUUCCCUCCAAACCUCCCUAGCCUCUCGCCGGAAUCCAUCUCAGUCGUCAUCAUCUCCUCCGUACAAUUUCCGAUCAAACUUCAAAUACUCGAUGGCUCUGAUUCUCUCUCUUCCGAUUGGGACACCUGCUCAGACUCAAGAGCUUGUCCUCGACACAGGGAGUCAACUCUCGUGGAUCCAGUGCCAUCGCAAGAAGAAGAAACCACCAACGACGUCGUUUGAUCCUUCGCUGUCUUCAUCCUUCUCCAACUUGCCUUGCUCUCAUCCUUUCUGUAAACCAAGAAUUCCCGAUUUUACCCUUCCCACAACUUGCGACUCGAACCGUCUCUGUCACUACUCUUACUUCUACGCAGACGGAACCUACGCCGAAGGCAAUCUCGUCAAAGAAAAGUUCACCUUCUCGAGUACCCAAACUACCCCUCCUUUGAUUCUAGGCUGUGCUGCCGAGUCUACAGACGACAGGGGUAUUUUGGGGAUGAAUCUUGGUCGUCUUUCUUUCAUCUCGCAAGCGAAAAUAUCCAAGUUCUCUUAUUGCAUUCCAACCAGGUCGAACCGGCCCGGUUUUACCCCGACAGGGUCUUUCUACCUCGGGGAAAAUCCCAUCUCUCGACAAUUCAAAUACGUCUCUCUUUUGACUUUUCCUCAGAGUCAACGCAUGCCGAAUCUAGACCCUCUGGCUUAUACAGUACCUUUGCAAGGUAUCCGAAUCGGACAAAAGAGGCUAGAUAUCCCAGCCUCUGUUUUUAGACCCGAUGCUGGCGGGUCGGGUCAAACCAUGGUCGAUUCGGGUUCUGAAUUCACUCACUUGGUCGACGUGGCGUAUGAUAAAGUGAGGGAAGAAAUAGUGAACCGUGUAGGGCCCAGAAUGAAAAAAGGUUACGUCUACGGCGAAACGGCUGACAUGUGUUUUGAUGGAAACAAUCCUAUGGAGAUCGGACGGUUUAUAGGAGAUCUUGCGUUUGAGUUCGGGAGAGGAGUGGAGAUUCUCGUUGAAAAACAAAGGCUUCUUAUUAACGUAGGAGGCGGGGUCCACUGUGUUGGCAUCGGACGGUCAAGCAUGCUCGGUGCAGCUAGUAAUAUAAUCGGGAACGUUCAUCAGCAGAAUCUAUGGGUUGAGUUUGAUGUAAUCAAUAAGAGAGUGGGUUUCAGUAAAGCUGACUGCAGCAGAUCAUUACCUUAAUGAGAAGGCUCCAGUAUUUAUCUACGGUCGUGCGUAUUAUUCGAAAAUGUUCCCCGAUUAUGAUCAUCUUUGGGUGAUUGUUCGAUCGGACAGUGUAUAUUAUUAGAUCAGUUUUAUUCUGGGACUGUGUGGUCCCGUUAGAAGGACAUCUGUCUGAAGCAAACUUGUUCUCUUAUUAAACUAUGUAACUAUAAUAAUCAAAUGGUUC